AGGCUCCCUUUCAAGUUUGAGGGUUUGGGUUCAAGAUGGCCAGGGGAAGAAGUGGAGUGGCAAAAGACAAGGACAAGGACAAGGAUCGUGAGCCAGAUCCUAAGUAUGCACUUUGGAUAAUUGCGGCGAUAGGCAAGGUCAAAGGGCAAAAGCAACGUCCUAGUGAGGAUCGGAUUUCCCACAUUCUAGAGACUGUUUAUGGAUUGGACCAGCAGGUGGCACUGGAACAACUUGAGCUCUGCGUUAAAGCAGGGAAAGUCCUGAAAGUAGUUUUCAAGGACAAAGCCUCCUACAAGGACCCUGCUAAGGUUCCAAAGCAUAUGCGGGGAACUGUGGAAAAGCCGAAAGAUUUCAUGAAAUUUAUCAGGGAAGCUCUAGAGAAUGUUGGGGAUGAGAAUGGAUGCACACAACAACAAAUUGCUAAUUAUAUAACUGAUCGACAUGCAGAGAGUUUGGAUUCAAGUAGUGAUACUCAAACGCGACUCAAAGAAGCCCUCAAGAAAGGACUUGCUUCUUCAACUUUCAUCAAGGAGGGUCGAUAUUACAGGCUUGCUUCACUGCCAAAGGUAUGUGCAAGGAUUAAGAUAUAUCAUGGUCUUUGUAGUUUCACCAAUUUAUUCGUAAUAUAUACCAAAGAAAAAGUUCACAAAAAAAUUCAAAUUUCUUUUUGUAAAAUCCUAAGACAUAAAUACAUAUGUAUUUUUGUACUAAUGUGCAAAAGAUUUGCCUGUGAGGUUUCAUUUAACUUAAAUGGUGACAACACUGGAUUUCGUUCUUCCCUUUUUUGCUGAAUGCCAGGGAAAGGAAGCCACUGCUGGCAGGCAAAUUUUGUUCGCGGCUUUUCAACAUUAUAGUGACAAAUAAACUCUCCAUAACAUGGUCUUGAGGAUAAAUUAAUGGUUAAUUUUCAGUCAUUGAAUUAAAAACUAUAUUAUGUUACACAGGAAAAUUGUGAUCACUGGAUUUUUGGGUGGGGAGGGAUUGGCCAGGUUUUCAUUUCUAGAAGUGACAAUAUCAAAGUGUCAAGAAAUGCCAGAUUUCAUUUUGCAAACUCUGGGCUCUUAUCCAUGGUUUUUGUAGAGAUUCAGAAUCAAAUAUACAGUAUAAUUACAACGCUGUCAAUUUGCACGAUAUGAUCAACUUUGUCCCUUAAAGCAAACUUAUUGUUUACUAUUAAUUAUUUUAUUUACACAAAAGUAAAUUAAUAGUUUGUACCAGUUUUAUUCAUGAAUUAUUUUGGACAGCUUUGAUAUGUGGCUAAUUAUAAAAGUAAGGCUAAGUUAAACUGGAGACAAAUGGGUGGAUGCCACUCUUAGGGGUGUCAUGGUUAUGCAUUGCACUGGGCUGCAGUUCUUGGCUCCACCAGCCUCUGAGGAACCUCCUCUCCCCUCCCCUGUUCAAUUGAUGAGUUUAACUGCUUACUAAAUUCCUAAUUUGAGAAAUUGUCAACUUGAUUCUGAAAUUGAUUCUAAAUCUCUUGAAUGACUGCAGGCAGUAAAUUAGAGUCAUAUUGAAAUACUCUUUUGAAAUAAAUAAAUAAAGCUCUUUAUUAGUUCCAAAAAACAAAAUGUUCUGGAUUACAAUAGACAAUUAAGUAAAAUUAAAGAGGCUUCUAUUAAUAAAACAGCAUUUAAAAUGUUUGGUCCUAAUCUGAGGAAGUACAUAGAGUCAUAAUGAAAUACUUUUUGGGUGCUUUUGUUAACUCUUGACUAAGACAUAUCAUGAAUGGUUAGCAAGUUUCAAAGUCUUUUGUCAAAGGCAAAAAUCUGCAUUUUGUUGGGACACUGUUUUUUGUUACUUUCCUGGACCCAGUUGUUCAAAAGGUGGAUAGCGCUAUCCACCGGAUAAAUCACUAUCCACUGGAUAGCGCAAUUGGUUUCCCUAACACUUAUCUGUUGGAUAGUGAUUUAUCCGGUGGAUAGCGCUAUCAAAUGUUUGAACAACUGGGGCCUGAGGAAAAAGACAUUUGCAAGAGUCCAUACUUCUGAUAAGUUUUUCAAUGCUCUGCAUAAUAUACAGGUUGCUGUUUACCAAAGCGAGUUGAUAUGCAUAUGAAUACAUCGAUUUAUAACAUCAUUACAUCCAAUUGCACAAUAAUAUUACCAAAUACCUUUGACAAGAUAAACAAAAAGGAAAACAUCAAGGUUCAUGCAUCUCAAGAUAAUUAGGGCCUGAAUGUGCACAAUCUUUCAGCCUAUAAAGAAGAAGAAAGUUGAUGCAAGCACCUUCUGUGGGUUUUGUCUGGGAACAGCUGACUGUAAUAAGGAUGGUGAAGAGGAAGAGCUUAUUUCUUGCGCUGAUUGUGGAAACAGUGGUGGGUCUGACUAUUAUGUUUUGAAAAGACCUUUACUCGACACAGUGGAACCUAGAUUAUAAUGAAGCCCUCGAUAAAACAAAUGUUUUCCUUUACCCCAGUACUAGUAAGAUAUAUGAAAAAGAACCUUGAUAUAACAAAACCUCGUUAUAUUGGACAAAUUUUGUCAGUCCCUUGGCUCUUCAUUAAAUUGACGUUCCACUGUAAAAGACAAUCAUAAUAGACUCUAUUCAUGAUAGUUUAAGUUAUAACGUACAAUAUUAUUUUACUGUCACUUGCAGUGUUUAAUCUGACUUCUUAAACACUUUUUAAAAAAUAUUUCCAAAGGUCACCCCUCAUGCCUGAAGUACUCUCCUCAGCUAACAGCUCGUAUAAAGCAAGAACCCUGGCAGUGCAUUGAGUGUAAAGUGUGCUCUGUCUGUCGUGAUGCUGGAAAUGCUGUAAGUACAUAUGCUCAUAAAAGUACAUAUUGUAUGUGGUGCUAAAAACGAUACUAGACUUCAUCAGGGGCACCCAAAUAUGACUCACAAAAGUCUUUUCAAAUAUGUCAGAAAUGUCUUAAAUGGUUUUCUCUAUAUUUGAAGCCUGUUUGGUUAAUUUCGAGCUGCCCUAAAAACUAUUAUCUGUUCAGAAGUCUUGGGGAAACUUUGGUUGUCUCAAAAGUUUUAGGUGGCAUUUUUGUCUCAUUGAAAACUGUUACCUACCCUGAUGAGUCCUUUUGAAAGUUUGAGGGCAUAGAGUAGCUGUAGGUUCAUUUGAGAAUUCUAUGGGUAGUUUUGUCUUUAGGCACUGAAAUUUUCAGGUGAUCUUUUUUUAAACACAUAAUCACAAUAGUUUUGUAAUAAAAAUGUGAAAAAUGAAUGGUCUUCAAAACUCACAGGUUAAAAGUAAUUAGUAGUCAGAAAAACUCUAAAUGUCUUAGAUGAGUAGAAUGAUCCCGAAAAUUUCAGCUUUUCUUUGGCUUUAGAAAUUUUUAGGCAAUAUUUGGUCCUUCAAACAGUUACAUGUAUUUUACAGUCAAAGGUUGUUGGGUACUGUUGACUUCAUGUGAUGUGUUCUGUUUCAGGAUAACCUUUUGUUUUGUGAUGCAUGUGACAAGGGAUUUCACAUGGAAUGUCUGUCACCUCCUAUGACUGAAACACCUACAGGUAGGUUCUGUGUACCAUCAGGUAUUUUCAAGUGGUGUCUUGAAAGAGGGUUCCCCUUAUUAACAGUGUUCUCUGGCCCUAGGAUUUUAUGAAGGCCAGGGGUAUUCUGAUUGUGAUUUUAAUCAGUGUGCGAAAAACAGUGGAUGAAAGUCAUUCACUGACUGUCAAGUAGUAGGAGUUUAAAUAGUCUUUUUAAAAUAUAUUGCAACUUCCAUAGCUAUUGUUAUGCCACUACAGUACUAAACCACAUACCCACAUAUGCCCGAAUUUUGACAAUAAUUCCUUGACAAUUUUUGUGGAUCAAAGGCCAUCAGAAAAUCAGCUUUGUAAAAUAAAACUGCUGCUUGUAGGAUUUUAAGGCAAGUCUUGCUAGAAUUUAAGGAACCUGCUUAUUAUUGCUAUUAUUAGAUUUGGGGGUUUACUAAUUUUGGUGAAUCUUCUGCAGGCAGCUGGGUUUGCUCAGGGUGUAAAGUCAAAACUCCUGGAAGGAAAAAGAAAGGACAAGUUGAAACACCUAUAACCAGCCCACCACGCAGAAAAAUCCAGCCACAGGCAACAGCUGAAGUUCAAGGGUGAGUGGAUCAGUAGUGAAACCAUCAUUAUGUGUAGCAUUCAAGGGAGUCCUCUUUAGUGAUUAUCUGGAGUGUUUGCUGGGCGUGUUAUAGUUUCUUUGCUACAUGUAGCUUAAGCUUAGUGAUAAUGUUUUUCCUGUUAUUUUUUUUUACAAUUAAUGGAACAGAGGAUGCUUCUAUAAAUAGUCACCAUUUAGACAAAAAGAACUAAUUAAAAACUGUCCAAAAUGUUGCUUGCAAUACAGCUUUUUUGGUGAAAAAAGUAGAGCAAGCUUGAUGUGCCAUUUUUUUGCCAUUUUGGCUGAGAUUUUACUAGAUCCCUUUCUUGUAUGAAAAGUUGGAUCAAUUUAGGCUUCUGUGAAACUGCCCACCUACCCCUCCCCUAAGCCAACACUUUGCCUUAAGGGAGAAGUAAGUGCUAAUGUUGACUUAAGGGAGGGGUAUGUGGUCAGUCAAAUGGAGUCAUUUGUGGAUAACAUUGAAGAAUGUGACUAUCUUUUUAAAGAAUUUAUUUUGAAUUUACCAGUCAAUUUUGUAUGCUCUUUGUUUGAAUCUAUAGCCCAUUUAGAAAUUGCUCAUUUAUGGGGCAUGCUUGGGAGUCCUUUCCUGCAAAACUUGCACUAAAGAGUUUCGUUUGGGUAUCAAAACUGAUAAAUGUGCAUGGUGUAUUGAUGUGGAUUGCACUGUUAUUUCUUUGUUUUCUUACGUAUCCUAAUUUUUUUUUUCAUUCAUAUCAUCUCUGCUAAACGACUAGUUUUGUACCACGUCUUUUUAUGUACUGUAACAACAAAGGGAAAACUAGCUUCAGGUACUGUAUGUUUUUUCUUGUCCGUCAGGUCAAGUGGUAUGUGUCCAACUCCGGGAUGUGAUGGUUCAGGGCAUAUUAAUGGACGAUUUACAUCUCAUAGAAGGUAUGCAUGUACAGUUGUAAAUUGUAAUUGUAAAUAUCUUAUUAUCCACUCCCCACAAGGCUUUUCAGGGAUAAUUUACAACACUGGUUGUGGGACUUUGCCAGACUGCUUAAGUUGCAGUUUACAAGUACUGAAGGAAUGAGUGAUGAUGCCCCCAUACAUGAGUGUGAAAGUGAGAUAGACCACUACACCGGGCACUACGUGCCCUACUCUUUUACGAAGAGUGUGUGGAGUGUUAUUACAUGUGCAAAGGCUUGUGAGACGGGACCUACGGUUUAUCGUCCUUAUCCGAGAAGACUAGAAAGUCUAACCAUUUGCAGAUGUCAUUACAAAGGCAGCACUUUCUCCUCAGUUAUUUAAAGACCCUGAGUGUUGGUCCGGCCGGGGUUUGAACCCACGGCCUCCCGCUCAGCAGACCGGCGCUCUCCCAACUGAGCUAACCGGGCGGCAGUCAGUAUAAUGUUCCAGUAGCUUCCCUGUUUGUUCUUAUUCAACAGUUUUGCUUGUCCUGUUGGUUUUUGUCCGGCCCUGACUGACUAACUGAUGAAUAUCUCUGAAAGAGGUGUAAUGUGGUUUUUCUUAUCAUUUAUGCUUCACUGUUAUAGGUAGAUGUGAAGAAAAGCCAGCUUCUGAGAGAUUUUAUAGGGUAGUGUCUUGUCCCUUCCAAAACAAUUUUGCCUUGUUAAUUGUUCCAUGCCUCUGACAACACGAUGGAGCACAUGCGUAUUGUAAACAGUUCCUGAACAAGCCAUUUCUAGAGUUAUUUAUUCCAUUUCUUUUCAUUCUGGCCUAUGGCUGGUUAACCUUGUCAUUUAAACCCCAGGAUGAAAAGUGGUAGCGAUUCUUACAUUUUCUGUUGUGUCACAGUCUUCCAGCUUGCCCAGUUGCAAAUGAAAGCAAAAAGGUGGAGGAAGAUACUAAGCCCAUUGACGAGACGCCCAGGAGGCGACCAGGCAGACCGCCUGCAUCAACCAAGUCUACCCCUGCAACUCCAUUGUCGCCUACAUCACCUAGGAAACAACAGCAACUGCCGCCAGGUUCGUUACAGGGGUAACAGCUGAUUUCGCUACUUGUCGAGUUCGCUACCUGUUUGCUACAUAGUACUUUCUGUAAACCUUUGAAGAUAUUUCCUUAAUCCCAUUUCAAAAAAGAUCUUGUAACAUAUUUCUCUCGUUCUUUUACGCUUGCCCCUCCAAUGUAACAAGUUUUGGAUUUUGCUAAUGGGCAGCGAGCCUAGUAUGUAAGUAGCGAACUCGAACGUCGAAAAUUUGACAGGUUGCGUUACUGGUCGCAGGCUCAAUUUUCACAGUUUUGUAGAGUCUGUUCCUAACUCUUUCACUCUUUGUGCUAGCCUGAAAAAUUUCUGCUUUGUAAAAUCCUCAGAAAUAAAGUUCUGCUGAAGAGGUUCCAUUUGAAUGGUAUUACCAUAGAAUUUUGUUCUCACUUCCUUAACGGUAAAAAAGCUGGUAUUAUAGCAGCUAUCUCAUGGUAAAUUAUUGAUUGUUACACUGUACACCAUCACUUUGUCACUUCUCUGAAUCUUACUGAACCUAAGUUUUCGGCUUUCUUUAUUUUAAAUUCCUCGGUUGCUGACAUGCUUAACCACACUUCGUGCCCGGGCACAGUGCCUGAGUACUGCACUCGCUGGACGCUGAUGUGAACACGCCCUUUGUACCCAUACCAGAAUUUGGGCAUGGUGCCGGUUCCAAAGUACAAGUUCAAGACCCUAGGCAGCGCUCACACUUGAUGCCCGGGCACGGUGCCUGAAUACGGCACUCGCUUGGUACUGAUGUAAACACACACUUAGAAGUUGGGUUCUAAUAACCAUUGAAACCUUGUACCUAUUUUAGGAGUCACAGAGGAAGAUUUAGCACUUUUCAAACAAGCUCAAGAGAAAGCCAAUGCUGCAAUGAAUCUGGACACCACAACUCCUCUUGUGCCGAGCACACGAUCACCACCGCUAAUCCAGUUUGGUCGCUAUGAGAUUGUCACAUGGUAUUCCUCACCAUACCCUCAGGAGUAUGCUAGGUAUAAAAAUUCCCAUGUUGUGCCUUACGUAAUCAUGUCUCUUUCCUCAAGGGACCCAUUUUGUUAUCAUUUGGGUAUUUAGUGGGUCUCCCACGCAGUUGGUUUUGUGUCGUCACCCAAUGCUCAUUCCCUAGACGAGGAGUUUCCUACACUGUGUUCACCCGCCCCCGCCCCGAUUAAGGCUGAUUUAGCAACAGAAUGGGAACGUCAUUUGAUGACGAGAAAGCGCGAGGAAAGGACUAAACUCGACUUCCGGAGCCCAAUUUGCCGCUCAGGCAUUGGUCAAGCCUGUUGUUUGAUUUGCGCACGCCGUCGUCAACUGGCGUUCCCGUUCUGUUGCUAAAUCAACCGAGGGGAGGGGGCGGCUGUACACAGGCCAGUAAACGGAGGAGCGUUGCGUGACGAUACAAAAAUAAGUGCCUGGUAGACUAGCAUUUAGCUGGCCCCCAUUUUUUUUUUUUCUGAACAGAGGUAAGAAACAAACAAGAACCAAACGAAUCAAAUUACACCAAACAAACGAUUGUGGAAACUAAAAUGUUGUGAGUUGAAAAAGGAUAAGGACGCAAAACCGUAGGUCUCGUCUAUCAGCACCCGCGCUUACCUUGUUCUUGUGGGACGUAAAAGAAUCCACAUCACUGUUCAAAAAGAGUAGGGGACGUAGAUCCCGGUGGUGUGGCCAACCUCUCCUGUGCUGGGUGGGUUAUCUGUAAUGAGAGAUCUUAAUGUAGGGAUAACCUCACGAUCCCCCUUGUUCAGGAGUCGUAAAGGCUACCUGUAAACAGUGUAUGUAUGUAAAGUGAUGAGCAUCACUAUCCGAUUAGCAAGUUUACAUGGUCUCGUUCUGCCCCUUAAAUUGGAUUUAUGGGUUAAAAAGAUUUUUUGAUUGGGUGUUUUUGUCGGCUUAGUUUAUUUCACUGACGCUUUGACUUUCCUAGUUCUGUAACCCGAAAAAAGAAAAGAGAUUUUCACCGUGUCUGAGUCGUUGGAAUGGUAUUUCGGUCCUACAACCCCGGACAAAACUGUUGAGACAAUUCCAUCUAUUUUCUAACUUUUGCGCCCUCCUCCAGUCUCCCCUAAAGACAAAAAGUAAACCCCCUCCCCACCCCCUAUUCAAAGUUGUCUUGGUCUAAAAACCAACGUGUAUAAUUACCAUGCUAUCCUAAACAACUUUGGACCAGGGGAGGGGGGAAAUCGGGCAUUCACUUGGCGGAGGUUUCAGUUUUUGCCGGGAUGACAGGAAAAAAUAGGCAUUUUCGCGAUUUGUCUCAACAGGUUUUGUCCGGGGUUGUAGCUUCAUCCUACUAUGUUUUUUGUAAGGUGCUUUUACACAACGUUGCUUAAAACAUAUUUUAGCCCAAGGGCCUAAAGUAAUAGCUUGAAAUUUGUCAUGUUUUGCAGACUUCCAAAGCUUUACUUGUGCGAGUUUUGCUUGAAGUACAUGAAGAGUUCAAGCAUUUUGAUGCGUCAUAUGGUAAUCUACUGAUUUAGUAAUGACCUUCUACAGUCGAUCCUCCACUAACGGCCACCUCUUUACAACGGCCAUUUUUUUUUUGGCAGACAGUCCAUGUUUCAACCUAUUCACAAUGGCCACCUCUUUACAACGACCACUUUCUUCUGUCCCCAAGGCGGCUGUUGUAGAGAGGUUUAACUGUAGCACGAAAUUAUUCAUUUAGAAUACAUUUCUGUCUCUAAUUGACUUUAAUCCUUCGGCUAAUUCUUCAUCGCCAGCUAUCGCUGACCAAGGCUGGCUAUUAUUCCCUCAAUCGUUCAUCAGCUUGUCUUAAAGAUGUGCUGAUCAUGAAAGACGGAAAAUACUUCACAAUCAGAUAAUUAGCUUCAUGAGGAUAUUGUUGUUUUAGGUCAAUUAUGUGCUGAACUCAUUACUUAGUGCCUUAACGACCCAUACACAAAAAAUAAUGUUUCGUUAGAGAUAUGAAGAAGAUAUCAAACAAGUCUCGUCAGGGAGCACUAACCAUCACAAUUUUUUUUGGUGAUUUUUGCAGGCAUAUCAUUAAAACUUGUAAAGCUUGGCCCAACUUUUCCAAGUUUCCAUCCGCGUCCACCCUUGCCAUCCGUUACGAUGUAAUAUAUUACAUUUAUCAUGACAAAAUUCUUGGUUACCAGUGAUGGCAUCGACCAUUGAAAAUAGGGGAAAUAGGCGUCGUCGGCUUGUCUUUGCUUAAUUGGCCAUGAGGUGUUGCGUAAGACUGGGCCACGGUCGUGUCGAAUUGCACUGUUGAAGUGUUUGUGGGACCAAUUUUGGCGUACUCUCCUUCCCAUCUUUGUUUGUAAUGCCAACAUAUAAAAGAGGCGAUAGCAUCCCCAUUCCCAAAAUAGUCCCCAAAAAAGUGCAGCUCGACACAGCACAAAAGCAGACUCGAGUGCAACCAAAAGGUGACUAAUAGAGAUUAGACUGUAUAAUUAUGUCCAUGGAAGUUGUGUUUAAUUCUCGGACAAGCUCAACAAAAACAAGGCAUGAUUUAAUUGGCUUGUGUUCUCUUUUUCUACAGACAAAGUGUAAAUGGUUUCAUCCUCCAGCAAACGAAAUCUACCGUAAAGACGAUAUCUCUGUAUUUGAAGUGGAUGGUGCCGUUAAUAAGGUUAUAGUCAACAUCCUUCUGGCUUUUGUAGUUUGUUUAACGCAACUGUUGGACCUCACCGGUCUAUAAUUAGAAUGCAGACUCUGACGGGUAUGAACUUUACAAUACUGAACUCCAAGAAGGAGAGGUUUGGAUUGGCUUCAUUGACGAGUUUUUUUCGAAGUGUGUUACAUUUUGAGACUAGGAAGUUUGUUGACUUGUCAUUGAAAAUCUUCAUACCCUACCCCAAUGAUUCAAAAUCAACCUGGAACUUAAUUUUUCAGACUAGCAAAAAUGUUAUUGUUAACCUUGCUGUAACACAAGUCAGUGUAUAGGGCUGAAGCUUUCGUUACCAACGAUGUAGUCUAGCCUGGGACUAUGCUCCUCAGUAGGAUAGAAGGCAAAAAAAAAAAACAACAAAUAAAUAAAUAUUAAAAUCGGCGAGCGAAGAAGGGAGCGUCUGGUCCCAGUUUUACAAUGAUGACAUUGACUGUUAGAAAUUGUAUCGGCCGUUUACAAAAGGGGAUUAACCGAUAGGCGUCGCCUUUGGCCUAAGCCUUGUCAUCAGUAUUUCUCCCCAGAAUCCAGCUGACCUGUGUGUUGUAACUAUGAUUUGUUGUUUUAGAUCUAUUGCCAGAACUUAUGUCUGUUAGCCAAACUGUUUCUUGAUCAUAAGACUCUGUAUUAUGAUGUGGAACCAUUCCUGUUCUAUGCCUUGACGAAAAACGACAAGAAGGGCUGCCAUUUAGUGGGCUACUUCUCCAAGGUGUGUCUCUCUAUUUUUUUGUUUUAAUUAACAAAAAAGGGUUAUCUUUUCAUAGGAAAUAUUUUCUCGCUAGUGAAACUAUUAGCAGUCAAGGUAACCGUUUCCAUGAACCUCUAAGGCGUGACGCCUGAAGUGUUACGUUCACGUCAUUGACUAGUUUGUUUUUCCCGGUGCCUUGUCGAAAAUCUUCCUCUUCGUGUUAGCAGAAAGCGUCGAAAGUUUCGUGCCUCACUGAAUGAUGAUAGGCAGAUUCAGCAAAGACAACGUAACGUCAAUUGAGAACACGAAAGCGCGCGGAAAGGACUGAACACGACUUCCGGUGCUCAAUUUCCCGCCCUGCCAUUGGUCAAUUCAGUUUUGAGAUCUGCGCGCGCCAUCGGUACUGUCGUCGCGUUCGUUAUCCUUGCUAAAUGAGCUUAAAAAAAGAAAUUUCGCUGCGGCUGCUUUAUAUUUAAUUUCUUAGAUCAAAUUGCAUUAUUGGCCUUUUUUGAGAGACCCAAUGCCCAGGAGGAGUACUCUGGAUUUCAAGUGACGUCAAGAGAUCAUGAUAGGAGAGAGAGGGAGUCUAAAGGCGUUGGCCGAGAUAUCUUAAUUUAAGUUAGUUUUAGAACUAUGCGGGCCGUGCGGAAACAGUUUCCAGUAAACUGGUUGACUUCCGGAAGACUCGCUGUCACGAUUCAGCGCGUCAAAGCGAGGCGGAGUCGACAAAUGAAAAAAAAAAAAAUGGCAGCCUAAAUGGAGGGACGAUGUGGAGAGACUUUGCUUCGCGCGAGUCUUCCAGAAGUCAACUAGUUUACCGGAAGCUGUUUCCGCAUGGUCCUCAUAGUUCUAAAAAUAAUAUCGCCAAGACAUGACUGGGAUAAUCCGUAUUUGUUCUAUUAUGAUCUCUUGGUUACGGGGGUGAUCGAAUGGGGGCAAAAAUCAAAACCCAAAAUAAUCCGUAGUACUUCUAUCAAAACCCAAAAAAAUCCUUGGACCAAACAUUUACACCCCAAAAAUCCAGUGCCGAAAGAAAAAGCUGGGCGAUAAAUGCGAUGGAUAAGACAUCAAUUUUUUUGCAGAGUAUUGUUUAAUUGUAUAUUAAACGGGUUUACGACACAGAUACAAUGUAAUCAUCUAAUGCGUUAAACUUAUUAACGCAAAACAAGUUUGGUUGUACUUUAUUCGCAGAACUACGCGGCUGGGAUACGCAGGCACUACCAUGAAUCUUCAGGUUGUUUUGAAUGUCCAAAAAAAUGCCCACUAAAUUCAAUCCACCCCAAAAAAUACUUGCCAAAUUUUCCUUCCCAAAAAUAUCUCGGAAUCGGAAAUUUCAGACUCAAAAAAAUGCUUCCAUCAUUCCCGUCACUGAAAUCCGGAGAACUCGUAAGCCCUCGAAACACCAGCUUUUCAAUAACUUUACAGUCCUUAAUUUACCUUCUAAACUCAACUUUAUAUGAAACUGAAAAUCCUUUUUUUUUUUGCUGUGCCAUUGACGUUUUGCCAUAGUUUGUUUACAAACGCACGCCAUUUCUUAUUGAUGAGGAUAAGGGUUUCCAUUCAGGUUUAUGUACAGGGUGAAGGACAUUACGAAACGGCUGAUUUUUUUUUGUAAUUUGUUACAACAGGAAAAGUCGUGUCAACAAAAGUACAACGUUUCUUGUAUCAUGACCAUGCCGCACUGUCAAAGACAAGGAUAUGGCCGCCUACUGAUCGACUUCAGUAAGUUUUGGUAGAGUAAUUAGAUUUAGCGUCUUAAUGUCUGCGGUUAGACAUUACUUUGUGAAUGUUCAAAGGUAGAUAAAGCGUGCACAGAACUUUGAGCUUGAAGAAGGCUCAAGCUACGGUUUUCGUAUGUGGCGAACUGUAAAUUUUAAAUGCGACGUGUUACAAAUAACUCUUGAGGCGAGCUGUUUAUUGGGAUGACAGCAGCAAGGAAGACAUCAUAUGAUUAACGACUAAAAAUGCCUAUUGCAACAUUACAAGCUGCAUGUGUGUCUGAAUAGCGCUUGCAUCGGGCUAAAUAUGUCAGUUAGCCAUUUUACAGUCCCCUAUUUUUCCGUAAGUUCGCCAAGAACGAGAGCUGCAUACCGCGAUCUUGACCGAGCGACGCCCGCCCCCAAGUUGCAUUUGAAACCAAUUACAAGCCAGUGACGGGGAGCGCUCGAGCUCGACCGCGAUCUUUCGGAACAACAGGGGCCUGUGAACAGUCUUAUGCCAGUUUAGCGCAUAACAAAUGUCUCGUGCGAUGAGCUACAAAUAUUGUUUGCAAAGAUAUGCUGAAGUCACAUUAUGCUAGUCAUUCGUAAGAAGCCCACUUCCUUUAUGUCCAUAGAUGUCCCAACCCUGUUAAAUUGUAUUUAAUCGUUGUGCAGGUUACCUGUUGUCGAGAAUCGAAGGCCAACCCGGUUCACCUGAGAAACCUUUGUCAGAUCUCGGUUUAAUCAGUUAUCGCAGCUACUGGAAAAGCAUUUUGCUCGAGUACCUGCAUGAUCACAAAGAACGACAUGUUACCAUAAGAGGUAAGAUACGCUUUCUGCUUUAGGGCCUGUUUACAUGGAGUGGGGGACCCCGGUCUACUGGGGUUGGUUUCUUUCGUUUUCACGCUCUGGGGAACACAAAACAAAAGAAAUCUACCCCACUAGACCGGGGUCCCCCACUUCAUGUAAACAGGCCCUUAAUAUAAAAAUCCUCAAGUUUGAAAUACCGUAAACUGCCGCUUGCAAGCCCUGGGAUUAUAUAAUCUUCGUAUCGAAUCUUUAGUGGUGAAAUACCCUCAAAGUGUAGGACUACAAACUAAGUAUAUAGAACCGUGCUUGUGAAAGUUCUGUCCGAGGUUUCAUUUGAAUGGUUAGACCUUAGUAUUUCAUUCACAAUUUAAAAUGUUCGUGAGGUUUUCGGGUACCUGUGAAAUGUAACCUACUCCAUUGAAUGAAGUGACUAGUGAAAUAUUUGACGCUCUACAGGUAUAAGCAAGGCGACUGGGAUGGAUCCACACGAUAUCGCCGCUACACUGCAGAUUCUUAACAUGGUGCACAAACGUGACGGCAAGUAAGUGACUGGGAUUUUUAGAUUUGUUAGCGGUAAUUGGUGUAGACUAUGAACAGGCUUUCUAGUGGGAAAUAGGACGCAGGAGGCGAUAACUGAGAUCAGACAGGGAGGGGUAAGGGGGAAAAACGGGGGGAGGAGGAAGGGAGGGAGGCGUCUCCCCCUCUCCGCAUCAUGCUACCCUGACUACAGUUUGCUUCACUUGUCUCGACGAUUAUGAAAGUUGAGUUCAAACAGGAUAGUAGAAUAUCAAUUCAGCGUAGGAAACGUGUAAUUUUAAGAAAAUAAAUUAAGCAAAGGACACGUUAAAACCGUUGAUUGCUCUUGGUUUUACCAGGUUUGUGCUGUGUGUAAACCAACGCCUUAUCAGCGCUCACAUGGACAAGCUGAAAAAGAGUAACCGUACUGUGCUGGAUCCCGAUGCGCUUAGGUGGACGCCCCUGGUACACACCAACAUGGCGCUUGUCGACAAGGAGAACGAAUCAGUCAAUGGGACUCAUGGGGAGGGAAAAAAUAGCAUCAGUGACAGUCCCGAGGGGAACAUGGGAAACCCCGAGGAUACCGGGGUGGAUAUUCUUAACGGUAGUCAUACUGAAAACGCCAAGGACGGGAUGAUUUUAAACGGAAAUGCUGAGGAAGAAGAUGGAAAUGUGUUUGAGGACGAUGACGAGGGACCGAUUGUUCGCCCCAGAAAGCGCCGAAGAAGUAAUACGCUUUCCGAUAGCGGUUCCGAAAAACCCGAAGGGAAGCCGGAGGAGGAUGGCGAUGGGAAAUCUGCGAAGGAAGAAGCAGAUUCUGAUCCAGCGGCUCAGAGCAAGUUGAAUAGAGUAGUAUCUGGCACGGGCACCGUUAAAAAGAGAAUGAAAUUAAACGACGAGGAGCCGAGAGAGGAUGCGAGCGAAGAUACUGCGGAUAAUUCGGACUCCGAAGAUUCGGCGUCGUCAUCGUCGGCGUCAUCUUCGUCUUCGUCCUCGUCCGAAGACAGCGAUAACGGCGAGCCCAUGGAGAACAAUGAUGAUGACACUGCCGAAGAUACCCGAAAGGGUUCCGAAGGUGGAACGAGUGAAUCUUCUUCCGAAGCGAACAACUCGCCUACCCACGUGUACGCUGGUUUUGGAAGCCAGCCAAGUAAUCGAGUUCCCCUGGCUAGCUUAGCGGAUGCGCAGAUCGGAAUGGAUCCAAAUUUCUCGAGAUUGUCACCGAGUUUUGAGUGCAAGGAAGCUAACCCAUCUGAUAACUUAACUGUAGACCAAGAUAUGAAUCCGGUUGAGGAUUUCCCUGACACGGAUAGCACGGCGCUCAUUAAAGAACUAUCCGAGGAAGUGUUCUCUAUAGGAGCCACGCCUUCGUUAGGGGGGCAGCACUCUUCCGAUGAUGAGAUUUGAGUAAUGGAAAGUUCCAUCAUCGGUUAUCGCUAUUUACUUUUGUUUUGUUUUGUUUAAAUUCGGGAACACCACUUUGUUUAUCGUGGUGUAAAGAAACUCAAGCCUUGGUCACGGUGUUGAGGUCUUCCUCCUCGGAAGAAAGAAGUAGCACUUUUAAAUACAACUAACCUGCAUCUUAAAAGUGGUAACAUGUAAAGAGAUUUCAACGCUGCCUCUCUUUUCAAAGUUUUUAUCUUAGCUAACACUAUGUUCACACUAGGUGCCUAAGUACUAGUGCCUGACAAAAAGGAACAAAGUGGUGUUGGUUCACACCUGGGUUACCCAGCUCUGUACAUAUUUGCUCCAUAUGGCCUCGUCAGAUGCCGUUUUGAAACAUGAACGAAACAGGGAGUUUUGGGUAAGCAAGGCAAUGGAUUGCCUCGGAACUAAGCCGAAAAACGUGAACGCAGACGCACCCGGGUGUGUUCAUACAGUAACCAGCGAGUAGCUUACUUGGGCACCGUGCCCGGGCACCAAGUCUGAACGUAACCAUAGUCAACGUUCACCCUGAGAACUUUUUUUUGACUCUUGGGAUUUUCUAUGAAACUUUGACGUCUGGUUUCUCCUACGACGCAAACCAGCCUGGGCCCAGUUGUUCGAACGGCGAUUAGCGCUUAACCCGGGAUUAAAAUUAACCCAGGUUUCUUUUUCUUGUUUUCAAAAGCAUUUUCACGGAUAAUUUUCUCUGUUAUUUUUAGAGCUUCUAAUCAUCAACUUGUAGACAAAACGAAUUAAAACUGAAAUGCUUUUUAAGCUUUCAAAUCUGAAUUCAAAUCUCGCACUAACCCUGGGUUAUCUUAACCCGGCUUUGAACAACUCGGCCCUGUUUGGCAAGUCGCGUCCGUUUGCGAGCAAAGCGCUAUCGCUCACGCUUUGCUAGCAUGGAAACGCUUGCAACGCAGUCCAGAGACGAGGAAAAGCUCAACCAACUAUUAUACUCAGGAAAGCGAGGAUUAUUAGGCAUUCCAAUAAUAGCAUUCUUGACUCCAGGUACCAGUUGUUUGAAGGUCGAUUAGCGCUAACCCGGGGUCAAAUUUUAAUCCGGGUUUCUUACUCUUUUAUUCAAAACGAUUUUCUCGGACGUUUUCUCUGCUUUUCUUACAGAGCUUUCAAUUAUCAAAUUGCAGACAAAAAGAAUUAAACUGAAUAUAAUUUUUAAGCUUCCAUAUCUGAAUUACAAUUUCGCACGCUGACCUUGCGCACGCUUAUAUCUUGGACUUGUUUAUCUAUCCACACAAGACAGUAACCAACAUGAAAGCUUAGGCUUCUUUGGUCACUGUGUGCGCGUGUCAACAAAUAAUUUGUACACCUUGGUUUCAUUGCUUAUUGAGUUUUUUUUCUGUGGUAAUCUGUCUUCUUGUAUCUCUUUGUGCACAAUAGAGACCUUUGGAUUCCAGGACUAGAACGAGAUUGACGUUUAAUUUUUGUCGCGUAUUCUGAAAAAAUAGACACCCCGGAAAGCUCCAUUCAGAUGGUACUUUUUUUCAACACAACUACAUACUCGCAAAAACCCGUAGUAGAAUGACGACGGCUAUCACGUUUUCCCGCCAAAAUAACGCUGGUUCACGCGCGUGUGUUACUGGACAGGUGCUUUGGUGUUCUGGUUUGUGUCGUAUGUGGAAAGUCAAACUAGCUCUUAGUGAUAACAACCAAAACUUUAAAAAGAAAAAUGAAUAUUAGUAUGAAUAAAAGAUUCGAAACGAUUACGUAUUUUGCUCAGAGUUGGACUCGAUUAGGAUCAUGACUUGUAUCACAGUGCAGUAUUUUUCCGGAUUUCAUGCACGUGUAAAAGAUUGUAAGUGUUUAACUGUCAUGACAACCUUUAUGUUAUCAAACACAUUUCUACAUUUUUAGUUGUCUUUGUGAAACUUUUAACUUUUCACUUCUCCACGGCAAGUUUAGAGUCUUCUGCCUAUGAUUGACAAGUUUAACAGAUAUUUGUUCACUCACUCAGCCUUUUCAAGUCUUUUAUUUCGAUUAUUGAGUUAAUAAAUAACGCUUGCAAUGGC